AUGGCGAUACUUUUUAAACGCCUUGCAUUAUGGAAAGAUAAGGUUCUAGUCUUCAUGAAGGGCGCAUCACGGCGCAAUUCACAACAGCGGUGAGCAGCAUCCAGGGGGGAAACCACACGCGGAGCCACUAGAGGGCGUUCUUGCAGCACCAGACUUAACUGUGCUUGCAGGUUGUCGGAAAGGAAACCGAAUUUGCAGAGCAAAAAAAAAGUGAGAUGUUGUGGGGGAAAGCAGCAACUGGCAGCUGCCUUGAUUACAAUUAGGGAACAGCAAGGCGCAAAUGUAAAUAAGCCAACCAGUUUCAGACUGGUUGCAAGCCCUAUGGUGCAAAUUCCAAUUCCUUAGUGCAUAAGAUGCUAUAAUGAUUUGCAUUGUUUUCUGACAGUGAAGGUUGAUACUUUUUGUUCUGGUCAGGCAGAAGUUCAGCAGGUGACUUUUCAUGUCUGUCUCAAAGGCCACAAUAACCGCACCUGUUGAAAUUCAGGUAGCACCCUCUUUUGCAACAGAACUUUUUGCUUUUGCAAAUCAGACCUCAUGUGUGACCAUUGGAGGGCAGCAAAUCCAUCCUGCUGUUUAUUUAUUCAUUUCAAUAAACGAUUCCCAGGGCGCAUUCUGCGAAGGAAAUUAAAAGUGAGCGGCAGCAAUAAUACUGAACCAAGUAAUGCGAGCCACCGAGAAGUUUCCGCCUUGGUUUCGAUUCCCAGGGAUUGUUCGGAGUGUGACCUCGGAUGAUAAACAAGCAGUUAUUGCUAAUUCAACUGGCAGAAUGGUUCUUUCGAAUGACCUGAAUGCUGAUGGGAAAGAACUGUUUGGCUCAGAAAAUAACAGAGGAAGAAACUGUGUUUAUGGGAAGUUUUGUUUUUAAAUUGUGUAUUUUAGCAUAUCCCACUGAUGAGCUGCUUAAAUGUUACUAAAUGCUACUUUGUUACCUAAAUGUUAUUAAAUGCUAGCUUUCGUAAAACAUUAAAACAUGCUGAGACAGUUUAAAUUUGGGGAACGACAGAGGCUUUCCACAUGGCUUCUUGUUUGUACACAGUGGCUCAACUUGGAAAUUGGGGAAUAUUCAGAACAAAAUUGCAGUUCUUUGCCCCCCCCAUCCCCCCAAAGUAGAAAGCAUUAGUUAAUGUCUUGGUUUUUUUUUCUAUUUUCACAUUCAACUUGCCUUAUUUCAAAGGAAAGAUCAUACUCAGUGGUCGCUCGCAUCUCCACACUGCAGGGAGAGAUGCCAUCUGAAACCCUGGAGAGCAGCUGCCAGUCAGUUUGGACAGUACUGAGCUAGAUAGACGAAUGGUCUGAGCUGGGACAAGGCAGCUUCAUAAUAUUUUCCACCCACAACAGCGCAUGUUAUCUGAUGUUCCUUGUCCCUUUGCACUGAUGAUUUUCCUCCCUAGCAGUUGGAAUGUUCAGGCACAUUCUAUGACCGUACAGAUUGCACAAGCCACUGUGACAUCACAGAAUUUCAGCCAAUGGGUGUGGAGGCCGUGCCUAAUUUAUGCAAAAGGCUCACUGGGGCUCAGAACUGGUGUUUGUCAUGCCACCCGAUGCAAUAUUUAAAAAGAGGAGAGCACUUCUGAACAUGUACAGUGAGCCUGUUCCGUGCAAUCGUACCUGGUCCUGAAAUGCCUAGGAUUUUAUUGUGAGUCGCUGAGAAACGUAGGCAUAUGAUACAUUUAAUAAAUGUAUAAUAAUGAAUAAUAAUAAUAGGGGUGGAAUUUCAGCCUAUGCUACGCAGCUUCCAGGCAAGCUGCUGGAGGCUGCAAAACCAUAUAUAUAUAUAUAUAUAUAUAUAUAUAUAUAUAUAAUGAAGUACUUUUGUCAUAGCUGUCAACUUUUCCCUUUUCUUGCGAGGAAUCCUAUUCGGAAUAAGGGAAUUUCCCUUUAAAAAAGGGAAACGUUGACAGCUAUGACUUUCGUAACAUAAGGCAAUACACAACACAUAAUGUAUACUCUGAAAUGAAGUAUUUUUGUUAGAUACAAUGCAAUACAAUUAAUACAAAAUAUAAUAUAAUAUGUAAUUGAACUCAGGUGUGUAAGAAGAUAGUAGAAUUGUAGAGUUGGAAGGGACCCUGAGGGUCAUCUAGUCCAACCCCCCGCAAUGACAGGCGGGAUUGUCUUCCUAUGCAGCGAUUCUGCAGCCACACCACGCAAGUGCAGAAACUAGAUGCAUCCUGGGCAUGCACUUUAAAAGUUAAGAUUCUAGUCCCUAAGACAGGCACAGAUAUGCGUGAAGGACUCCUGGUAACAGCAGCAGCCCUUCAGAAGUAAUAUGUUUCGAGAUCAGGAGGUGGUGGUGGAGAAGAGGCAAACAGCCAUUUUUCCCCUUUCCCCCAGGCAGGAAUAAAGUGUGGAAACAUCCAAGUUGCGCCUGCGGUCGCUGGUUCCAGCUGCUGUUCCUACAGAACCGUCCGCGAGGCCUUUCUCCUCCAGCUCCGGAGCCCCGUGUAGCUGCGGGUGGGCGUGGUGGCAAUUUCAAAAUUGCAUCCGCUCGCUUGCUUCUCUCCCUGCUGCAGCUGCCUGAUAACGCAAGAGCCCUGGCUGGGCGGCAAAGUCUCCUCUUUCUCCCAGCGCCUAUACUGCACCCCGAUCCCCUUCCGGAGCAUGUUGGACUGCAAGCAAGCUGGUCGGGGCAGGGACCUUACCUGCUUGCCUGUCGCCUCCCUGUGUCCCCCUUGGCAGCUCAGUUGCAGUCGGCAACGUCUGCAAGGGGCGCCGGCUUGGCGAAGCCUGGGAGCCUGUUCCUACGCUCCGGGCGCGCGGUUGCUUGUUGCUUCUUAAAGCGGCAGGGGAAUAUUGCAAAGCGGAGACGGAGUGUUGCGGGGAGCAGCUUUUCUUCUCCCCUCCUCGUUCUUUUUCCUUUAAUGCCUGAGCUCCAGGCCUUUGCACAGGCGAGGAAGGGCCCCCGUUGCGCGAGGUCGCGGGGUGCCCACCAAGACUCCAACUGCAGAGAGAGAAAGGGGGGACAGAGACACCUCUGGCCAGAUGUGGCCCGGAGCGCUUUUGGGGGGGGGAGAAAGCAGACAGCUGCUUCCCCAGUUCCAAAGACCCCCCCCCCAAUCGGCUUUAUUUUCCUAUAUGCCACCACCCCACUCCACCCCACAGCCAGAGCUCUUCUCCCUGCCUGGGCCAGCCUUCCCUUGGCUGGCGGGCCACACCCCCCUGUCUCCGCCGACGGGGCGGGCAGAGGAGUCGCUGCCCCGCGGGGCAGGCAGGCAGGCAGGCAACUCGGGGAGACUCCCUCUUGGGCGAUCGGCCGCGGUAAGAUUUUUUUGGGGGGGGGUCCCGGCCAAAACACCCCCCCUCCCCACCGCCACCCGCCUGAGUCACGCUUUCGCCGGGGAGGAGAAGCAGCCAGGCAGCCAAGGAGGGAGGGAGGGGCGGCGGCCACGCCAGGAGGCGCCCGGUCGCCUCUUCCCCCUCCCCGGCCUCGGCCCCAGGCAGGCAGGCAGCCGGGAAAUUCCCCGUGCCCCCCCCCCCCGCUGGCGGAACCUCUUCUGACACCCCCGCCUGUGCAACGCCGCCGGGUGAGUCCUCUCGGGGGAGCCCCUCUGGGGAUUCCCCCGAGUCCCUCCCCCGCUCUCCUCCGCGCGGGGAUCCUCGCCUGGGCUCCGGACGCCGGCAGGUGUAUUUGGGGAGGGGGGAAAGAGGGGGGGCGGGCGGACCCCCUCCUUCCUUCCCUCUCUCCCUUGCCUGUCUCUUGGUGUUAUGCAAUCAGAAGUGCGGGGGGGGGGAGAGACCCCCCUGGCAGCUCCCCGCCCCCUUUCCCCCCUCCCACCCCGGUGGGCUUUUGUCAGAUGGGGGGGCAGGCGGGGGGAGGCGGAAGCCGCCAGCCAGCCAGACGGAGCACCGGGGUUCCCCCGGGAGCGCGCAGCAGACACUGGCGCCCGCCUGCUCGGCUGGAGAGAGAGAGAGGAGUGGGGGGGGGCGCGCUCCCGUCCCACCCCCUCCCGUCCCACCCCCUGGGCUCCUUGCUCUGCCCGAGAUGUGGAACUCAGGAAGCAGGUGGCUUGGCGGGGUUUGGACUCGAGAGCAUUUUAUUAUUUUAUUUUUAAAGGACGGGGAUGCAGAAACCAAGCCCCCCCCCCCAAAAAGACCCACGUGGAGCCCAGGCUCCUCUGGCCUGACUCCCCCACCCGCAAUGGCUUGACUGUCUCCACGUGGCUGCUUUGCUUUGCAAAAUAUAGCGCGUCCAACCUCCUGGAGGACAGCGAUGGUGCCAGACACAGCCUGCUUUGUACGUGCUCAGACAGUUCCCUUUGGGGGCUUCGUAAGGACAUCUCGGAAGGAGACCCUGCUGGAUCGGGGGUUGCUGGAGGGUCCCUAAGCCAGGGCGCUUGCUGGCUGGCCGGCUGGAUGAGGCCCUUCUCCCCAUGGGAUGCCUGAAGCUGACAGCCCUGACUACCUGGGAUUCAGAGGUAGACUGCACUUAGGUAUGGAGGUUCCGCUUAUCCAACACAAAGAGGAGCCGUUGAUGCAUGAAUGGGCCUCAGCCCCUCCUAAAACCCUCGCGUCUUGUGUCAAUGAGUUUCGCACAUUAAUACAUAGCUGUCAACGUUUCCCAUUUUAUUAAGGGAAAUCCCCUUAUUCCGAAUAGGAUUCCUCGCAAGAAAAGGGAAACGUUGACAGCUUUGCAUUAAUAACAACAAUAAAAACUUACUCUUGCCUGACCAUCAGCUGGACUGGGUGGUGCUGAGCUCUAGUUUUAGGAGAGAGGCGGAAAAACUUCUCUCUGCUUUCUCCACGUGGUGUAUAAUUUUAGAAGCCCGUAGAAUCAUAGAAUUGUAGAGUUGGAAGGGACCACGAGGGUCAUCCAGUCCAACCCCCUGCAACGCAGGAAUCUUUUGCCCCACGUGGGCCUCGAACCCGUGGUCUUGAGGUUAAGAGUCUCAUGCUCUACAAACUGAGCUAUCUCACUUGCAGGCUUUGAGGUGGGUGGGUGCAUCACUGAAAUCUCAGGUGCCACAUCUGGAAAACAAACAGGCACGCCUGGCUUUUUAUUCCAGAGAACCUUGGCUUUCGCCAAGACUCCUGCUGUCAGUUUUGACUUCUGGGUGUAAUCCGUGGGUUUUUAGGGUUGUUGGUUUUUUUGCAUGCUUUGUCUUUUUUUGUGCGAAAUGGUACUGCCUUGUGACCUGUGCAGGGAAGACGGGGGAAAUAUAUGGUUUAAAUAAUAAUGAAUAGUAUUGCACAGAAACAGGGCAGUUGAGGUGUCAGUGGCUGCUGCUGCAAAGCAGUAAAUUAAAAUAAUGCAUGGAACCUCCAUGGAUAGGCACAGUAUACCCCCCGAGGGAGAAUUCCACUGGGCUGGAUGAGUCCUUGAUCUGAUCCAGUGAAGCACUUCUUACAAAUCUGUGUUCUUGAAGAAAGUUGCGGGCACAGAGCAUGGGUAUAGCCAGGAUUUUUGUUGCGGGGGGCGGGCAGGCCUUUUGUUAGGGGCAGCAGAACCUCAGUUUGCUCUGUAUUUUUAUUGGACUUCUACUGAUUUGGGGGGGGGCAGGUGCCCCUCCCUGCCCCCCUACCUGGGCUACACCCAUGGCACAGAGCGUAUUGGGGAGGUGAUGGUAAAUUGGAAGGAAAACAGCAGAGGUUGGGAUGGGGCCUGUCGGAAAGCACAUGGUGCGCAGAUUUGCCUCUGGGGUAAGAAGAGGCGGGUUGUUCUGGUCUUUGAGGGAUUUCAGGGGAGCCAAAUUCAGAGGGCUACUCUGCAGCCACCGCUGCGAAGCUGCUUCCAUGGUCUGCCACAGGACUGUGGUCUAGUGAAUUCUGCAGAGACUGGGGUGAUCUGGAUGUUCAAAGUUCCCAUCAGAUUGUGGCUCUCGCAGCUCAUUCCUACCAGAGCUUAACCCCACCCUUGAUAACAAGCGUAAAUCUGAUCCUUCAAAGACUUUGCUAUCUGGCUGUGAAUGAGAGUCAGCAGACUCUGAGUAAGAUCUGCGCUUGGUUGGUGGGGAGAUGGGUGUGUGUGUGUCUUUCUGCACAGGGCAGGAAAUUUUGCCGUCUCGUCUCAGCUUGUCAGCAGGGUUGGGAAACUCUCGAAGGGAGAAAUCUAGGCAGGGGAAAAAUCCAGUGGAGCGAUCUGUGAAAUAAAAGUGAACUUUUGGAUGUGGUGGUUCCAGAGUCGGGGUUUUGGGGGCGAGAUGAGCUUACGUUUUAUCCAACUGGCCCACAAAGUCCCUCUUCUGGAGCUCACGUUGGUCUGCAAAGGAACCCUGUUUUGCGGUGGCUGAGAGAGCGGAGGGUUUGCAUGGAGUUUCUACAAAAUACCUGUAUCUUAACAAAAUACCUGCAUCUUAACUGGCGUAGCAAAUCAGCCUUGGGUUACCUGCAGGCAGCCUGUUUCUUGAGUUCUCCUCUUGAUUGAUUUGCACAACUUCCACUUUGUGCCUUCUGCUGUUUAUUGGGUAUUCAUUCUAAUUUACGUAUUUAUGGGGCGUUUAUACAAUGUUGCGCCAAGUCCCUGUUACCCCACACAUUUUCAGUGCAUUUCCCUGCCAAUUUCCUUACUGUAAAACAUAUAUAUCCAGGAGUGUUUUUCCUUUUUGGGGGGUGAGUGGAAACAGUAUUGUUGUGCAAAAGCACCAAAUCAUCCACAAGUCGAGCAACCUAAAUUCCUGAUGUAAAUAAUCAGUCACCCCUCGUUCUCUUGCAGGAAGGGAGCGUGGUGUUUUGUGGUUCGCCUCAGGUGCCAAAAUGUUUUUGGCUAACCCUGGUCGUGUGAUGUGAGAACUGUCCCUCCAUUUGUCCAGGGGAAAUUCCUUGAGAACUCCAGCAGUCCUCAUGGACAGGAAAUCAGCUGCGAGAUUAACAUGUGACAGGAAAAGCAGAUUAAAAAAACCACACGCUUCUAGCAGGCCUUUCCCCAUUAACGAUACAGGAAUUUAAUUCAUUACGCAUUUUUUUUAGAUUUACUGUAUUAGUUGCUUUUCUACAGAAAAUGAACUUGGAGUGAAUUACGAAAACAAAGAUGCAACAUAGAUUCAAACGAAAAAUGAAACCAACCUAAAACGGAAUACUGUAAUAUAUUCAACUGUGCCUCACUCAGAAUUGAGCUAGGUAUUACCUUGGUCAGGGUCUGCUCAAGACAUUUUGACACCUGAGGCAAACCACAAAAUGGCACCCCCUCCCCAGCAGGGAAGAAGGGGUGAGUUAAUAUCUGCAUCAGGAACAUGGAUUGGCGGGUGGGAAUAAAGAUCUACAUCAGGAUCUGCUGCCCCUGUGGAUCCUGCCGCCUGUUGCGGUCGCCUUACCUUGUCUUACAGACAGGUGGGCCGGCCCUGACCUUGGAUGGUGUUUAUUAGGUAGAUCUUGCCAAAAGAUUGACGCGUUCUCAUUGCAAAACGUUUUUGCGAGCGUUGCAUAGAUGCCCCACUUCCAGUCCCUGUGUGCCUUUUUGACAUCUGGAAUCUUUUAAAGUAUAUUACGGUUUGUGAAGGAACCGUGUGGUUGUGCAACGGUGGCUUUGCUGAAUCUGUUAGAAGCAAGCUGAAAAAGUGUCUGAAGUGUCCAAAGCGUGUUGGAUGAGCUUUUUCUUUUGUGGGGGUGGAGAGCUGAUGGGAAGAAAAGAACGCCUCUGCUUGCAACAGAAUGUAAGGCAAAGGAGUUAUGGAAAAUGAGCAGGCAGGUCCACUGAACUCUGGGUCAUCCUUUGAAGGCGUUUUUGACCCUGGAGCAGCCAUUCUUUGUGUCCUCCCCUUUUGUUUUUGUUUUUUUAUAUAAAUUAUUAUUAGUUUUUUAACGUAUCAUUUUCAACAGUAAUUAAACAUACUUUUACAUCUUAUACAAUUUUUUUUUAAUUCCAUCAAUCUCAUCUGAAAAUUUUCCCAUCUAAUCUCUUAAUAUACAUUUCUUACUUUCCCUAUUACAUUUAAAUCUCAUAACUAAUAUCUCUAUUCUUUCUACUUUGUAACGUUUCAUAUAUUUCUCCUUACAAAACUUCUUGUAGUCCUUGUAGCGUCUUGUAGCGUAAUUUGUUGAUUACAAUUGCUCUUCAGGUAGUUCAUAUACUUCUUCCAGUCUUCUGUGAAUCUCUGGUCCUGCAGGUUUCGAUUCCUUCCUGUCAUUUUGUCCAAUUCUACAUUGUCCAUUAAUUUUGUCUGCCUUUCUUCUUUCAUCCCCCCUUUCACUCUCCCAGAGCCUGCCCGUCAGCUUCCCUUCUUAGCGGUUAUUCGGCCUCAGUGGCAGAGGGCAGUCUUGUCAGUAGGCGGAGCACAUCUCCUGCGGGAGGGGCAAGGCAAACCUUCCUUCUCGCCUUACCUGCUCAUGCUAUCUUUUGCCAGGGCUUCAGGGCUGCCUCUUCUGCGUUGCCUGAGAGAAGUUGCUAGGAGGGUGGGGCACGUUGGCAGAAGAAUAAGUGUCUUGGCGUUUUAUGUAGGCUUACUGAAAAUGUCAAUGCUCGUCUUCGUGCAUAAAAGGCAAAUGUUUUCUGAGGUAACAGGAAUUUUCUGGCUCCCCUCCUUUGGCUACGAGGACCCUCUUUUUGACCCCAGGCAGGGGCAUGAUGUACCCUGUGCGCACACCCCCGAGCCAUGACCACAAAAUUGUUUAACGCUCUGCUAUGAGGACAGUACACGUAACCUGAGACGUCCGUAACAUGAGGUAUGACUGUACUUCGAUGCACACUUUGCCGUAAUAUCUACAUUCUACAUACAUUAGGUUUGAGAACUGCCUUGCAAAAUUUGGAGGAGGGCCAAUUUCACAGGAUAGCCAUGUCACAGUUUCCAUAUACACUGGUACCUCGAGUUACAGACGCUUCAGGUUACAGACGCUUCAAGUUACAGGCUCCGCUAAUCCAGAAAUAGUACCUCGGGUUAAGAACUUUGCUUCAGGAUGAGCACAGCGGCAGUGGGAGGCCCCAUUAGCUAAAGGUUAAGAACAGUUUCAGGUUAAGAACAGACCUCCAGAACGAAUUAAGUUCUUAACCCGAGGUACCACUGUAUUAUCAUCCUGCUGUUGCUCCAGACAGCUGGAUUGUGGUCUGUUUUGGCAAGCAAGACCUCCAUUUUCUCUCCCCAACCAAAGAGCAUGGAGUAGGAGGGGGCCAAGGGUCCUGUGGUCCCCUUCCUCAGGCCUGUUCCUUUGUCUAUUUAUGCCUCUGUCUAUGGGUAGAGUACCCAAUUAGCUCAUGAUGUUCUUCUUUAUAAAAAGAAGGAAAAUCCCAUAUCCAUAUCGGGGCCUUACCUUUCUUAGGCAAACCAGAAUAUUACAAAACAACAACAACAACAACAACCUGCCCUUCUGACUGGGUUUCCCCAGCCACUCUUCGCGGCUUCCAGCACAUACAAAAACAAAAUAAAGCAUCAAACAUUAAAAAUGUCCUUAUACAGAGCUGCCUUCAGAUGUCUUCUAAAAGUUGUGUAGUUAUUAGUCUCCUUGACAUCUGAUGGGAGGGCGUUCCACAGGGCGGGCGCCACUACCGAGAAGGCCCUCGGCCUGGUACCCUACCUUCUCAUUUGUUAUAAUAAUAAUAAUUUAUUAUUUAUACCAUGCCAUUAUGGCUGGGUUUCCCCAGCCACUCUGGGCGGCUUCCAGCAAAAUAUUAAAACAUAAUAAUUCAUCAAAUAUUAAAAGCUUCCCUAAACAGGGCUACCUUCAGAUGUCUUCUAAAAGUCUGGUAGUUGUUUUUCCCUUUGACAUCUGGUGGGAGGGUGUUCCACAGGGCGGGUGCCACUACCAAGAAGGCCCUCUGCCUGGUUCCCUGUAACUUGGCUUCUCGCAAUGAGGGAACCGCCAGAAGGCCCUCGAUGUUGAACCUCAGUGUCUGGGCAGAACGAUGGGGGUGGAGAUGCUCCUUCAGAUAUACUGGACCGAGGCCAUUUAGGGCUUUAAAGGUCAGCACCAACACUUUGAAUUGUACUCGGAAACAUACUGGGAGCCAGUGAAGAUCCUUUCAGACCGGUGUUGUAGGGUCCCAGCGGCCACUCCCUGUCACCAGUCUAGCUGCCGCAUUCUGCUUAGUUGUAGUUUCUGAGUUGCCUUCAAAAAUAGCCCCCAAGGCAUCUGAGUUCCCCAGAACUCUUCGUUUUCUUUACCAUCAAGCCUGAGGAAGUGUCCUGAGGUACUCAGAAGCUUGCAUGCUGUUUUGUGACUGUGUGAUUGGCCUAAGAAAGGUACGGACCCAAUACGGAUUUUGGACGAGGAUUUCAUGUUUUGAGAGAGAGCCAUAAUCAUCUUGUGGGAAGGUGGGAGGCUGGACUGAUGAAACCUGACUCUGUAGGGGGCGAUGGGCUUCUCUGCACCCCAGAUUCUGUCAGCGUGUACAUCUAAAAACGUGUGUGAUGAAUGUAGCAAGGAAUUGUACAUACACAACCAGCAAUAAGGGUCACCUCUAUGUGUUAAAUUGCUUGUAACACAUGAACCAAUGUGUUUGUUCUUUGAAGUACAUUACAAGUAUGUUGCCAUAUUGGAUGUAGGAGAAAUUAGAAUCAGUUCCCUUAUGGAGGCAGACUCUCCUAACUGGUACUUUCUGAAUCAACGUGAGAACCAAAACACAGAACAUUCCUUCAAAAUCCACAGUUCUCUGCAAUGCAGUCCUCCAGCCGAGGAAGGGCUGCAGAAAUACAUACACCAGGGUAAACUGUGCAUAAAUAUGCAUACAUUAGUGAAAAUACCCUGCAAAAAAAUGCAUUAUAUUUGGGGAAACCACUUUGCCAAAAAAGAGAAAAGCAUAUUAGGCAAAAUGCUUGCAAACGUGUCUAUUAGGAGAAAUUUGCACUCUGAUGCUGUCAAAUUUUCACGAGGACUUAAAAAAAUAAAUCACAAACCAAUGUGAAAAUGUGGAAAACUGAAGACUGGAAAAACGAAAAACUGAGGGAAACGAAAACUGGCGAAUUUGCCCGUCCCUCCUCUCUUAAUGCUGGUUGUAUAUGUUAAAUAGGGACCUGCAGUGCGUACAGAAUUGUAUCCAAAUAAUUCUGUGUGGCAUAGUGGACCUGCCCCAAGAAUUGACAUUUGCUUUGGCUCUCUGUUCAAUGUGUGUUUGGUGCACAGGGUCAGGGUCAUAGAUGGCAUGCUGGGGCAUGUCCUGAGGCCUCGCACCCCAAUAGCCCCCUCCUCCCGGACAACCAUUGCGGCUUGCUUGUUUACCUGCCCCUGGAGGGGAUAAUUGAGCCAAUUCCAGCGGUGAGAAAGGCAGAGGAGCGACUGCCAUUGCCUGCUUGCUCAUUGGCUUUGUCUGGUAUCGAGGCAGAGGAGCCUCAGCAGUUGGCAACGAUGGAAGUAAGAGAGCACUUACUCUCUCACCCAAGGCCGCCCAGAAACUUGGGAGCCAACAUUGCCUUGGUAUGAAAACCCGGGUUUAUGACAGCAACAUGUGAAUGGGCUCUUUCUCAAUGCUUGCCUAUUAUGUUCAAAUUGUCGUGGUCUGCCUGACUUUCCGCUGUGUGACGUAGGGUUGCAUAUCCCCACUCAGUUAGAUGCAGCGAAAUGAAUGGACCUAAGGCUGUUUACAUACCAUGACACCCCCCUGUCCCAUUUUUGGGAACUGUAGUUUACCCCCUCACUGUGCUACAACUCCCAGCACCCUUAAACUACAGUUUCUGGGGGUGUUUUUGAGAAGGGGGUGUGCUUUAAACAUCUGGCUUGUUCACAUCCUUAGUUAGUUAUGUCCAUUAAUUUAAGAAGAGGAAGAAGAAGAGUUUGGAUUUGAUAUCCCGCCUUUCACUCCCUUUAAGGAGUCUCAAAGCAGCUAACAUUCUCCUUUCCCUUCCUCCCCCACAACAAACACUCUGUGAGGUGAGUGGGGCUGAGAGACUUCAGAGAAGUGUGACUGGCCCAAGGUCACCCAGCAGCUGCAUGUGGAGGAGCGGAAACGCGAACCCGGUUCCCCAGAUUACGAGACUACUGCUCUUAACCACCACACUGGCUCUUAAAUGGGUCUUCUAGCACUGGAUCUCAACGAUUUAUUUAUUAGGGACCUUGCCGAAAACCCACAACUUAAGAAUAUAUACAUGGUUAGUAUAUAUGCCAAGAUUCACUUUGUGGUGUAGCGGUUGGUCAGGAGGUCGGACGAGAGCUUGGGAGACCCAGGCGCAAACCCCCUUUCAGCCAUGAAGUUCAUUGCGUCAUCAUAGGCCCGUUACUCUCUCUCUUUCAGCCUACCUCACAAGGUGGUUGUGCAGAGAAAAGGUGGGAGGACAGAGAAUUUUUUAUUAUGUAUUUAAUUAUGGGGUAUCAGAGUUGUUAGGGGGUUAACCAGGCUGGGAUAGCUGGCUUGUUGCUUUUUGAAUGUCUGAUGUAGAUUUUUUCAAUUUCGUUGUUCUCUAUGGGACAACGACAAUAAAGAUUAUCGUACUGUAUCGUAACCUCGCCUGGCACUCGGAGCUCUUUGUACGAGUGUGAAACAUAAACUUAUUUACCCAGCACCAUCAUUGCUCUUCAACGCAGGGAAAAUGAGGGACUUUUGGGGGCAGAUGUGUUUCUUUUGCACCACCAUAAUGCCCCUAAAAAUCCUUAUUGCUCUUGCAGUAUCCUUCCGGUUGGCUGGACUCAGGUCGGCCGACUUUUCUCCAAGGCUGGAGCCUGCGACGGCUUGGUGUGGAGGAAAACACCUGCGGGACCACGGAGCUGCGUUUACCUUUGCCUUAUUUUUAGCCCUGCCUAAACCCCGCCGAGGAGGACCACCUGUUGAUCAACGGGUUUAGUCAGUCGUAAAUCCCGGGAAGACGUCUCGAGCACCACUGGGGGCCUCCCGGGAGCGGCUUGGCAGGGAUGGGGUUGCGUUUCGCUAGAGACGGGAGCGGGAGAGCCUUGGGAACGUGUGCUUCUCGUUGGACGGGUCUCAGAGUGAAUCCGAGGGCGCAGUCGGGCUGCCCCUACAUGUCCCACAGCACCUGAGUCACCUGCCUCAUCCAGGGCUGCUUGCGUCGCCUUUCCACACACCAGAAGGCCAUUCAAUAGAGCCCUGCAAGCAGUGCUAGAAACUUAGAUACAGUUGCCAUCAAAAUUAUUCAACCACCAUUGCAAAUCAGGUUCAUUAUCAAAAUUUGCAGGCUUUCAGCUGUUUGCCAGGAGCAAAUCAAAGUUGGGUUUUCAGCUGAAUUUGGGGGAACCGCUUGAGCAGUGCUGGAUUUUCGUAUAACUUAGCUUAGGGGACCUUCUGCCUGCAAGACGGAUGCUCUGCCUGGAUAGCUCAGUUGGUUAGAGUAUGGUGCUGAUAACGCCAAGGUUGCGGGUUCGAUGGGACAGCUGAAUAUUCCUGCCUUGCAGGGGGUUAGACUUGAAUGAUCCCUCCUAACUCUACAAUCCUAUGAUUCUAUGACCGCUAGGCCAUGGCCCUCCCCAGUUUGACAAGGGUUUUGUCCAUAGUAUUUGUUUCUUUGGCAAAACAGGACUGCUUCUGGGACUUUUGCUGGGAGUUCCUGGGCGGUUAGUCCCGUCCUGAGCUUAGGAAGCGUUGAUACCUGCUGGCAAGGUUUCCUUCCCAGAAAGGAAAGCGUAAUUAAAAGCAACGUUGUGUGGAUUUAAAUAAACAUUCACACUAUCUGUAUUAGAAAAUGUGUAGAAGAUAAAGAUUAUGGUGUGCUUACUUUUACUUUUAUGUUUUUAGGUUUGAUGUUAUGUUAUUAGUAACUUUUUCUGUCAGGAGGUAGCAAAGUGGGUGAAAGGAGAAACAAACCAGAAGCGGAAGUUGAGAGAAGCCUUGGAGGGGAGGGGAGGAAGGAAUGCAUAGUAAAUGUUAAGGAUUUGAGAUGUAUGUAAUGAAUGAAAAAGAAAAAUGAAUAACAAUUUUAUAAAAUAAUAAAAUAAAAGCAACGUUGUGGGCAAGUUGCCGGGAUCUCUUUCGAUGACCGCUUGCUCGUCGAGCCCAAUGCCAACGCCUCGUGCUUUGACUGUAGUGAGCAGAUAAAUAUUUUGGUGUGCUAAGUUGACAGGCGCGGCUGUGUGGAAGGGGCCUGAUAACCACUCUCCAUCUUGGGCUGAUUGGUGACUUUGGGGAAAAAAAACAGAUACGGCAGGGAAUUUGGACCUGGUUGUUGGGGCUGUGGGUGGCAGGAUCAUAGCUGUCAACCUUCCCUUUUUUUGGUGAGAAAUUCCCUUAUUCCAGCGCCGUUUCCCACUGCAUCCUGCUGCUAUCCCGGAUUGUUAGAUAUCCUGUAGACUGUCCCCGGGACAGGUGAGGCUGCUGAUUCCUUAUUUUCAAAUCUGAAAGUUGACAGCUAUGAGCAGGACACACACUGAGAUCUGGGAUUGUAUCUUCCAAGGCAGGGUCCUUGCUGUCACAGGAACAUCAGAAGAGGCUUGCAGGAUCAGACCAAUGGCUCAUCCAGAAUCCUAGGGAAGUUUGCCUGACGCCUUCAUUAUACAGUGGUACCUCGGGUUACAGACGCUUCAGGUUACAGACUCCACUAACCCAGAAAUAGCGCUUCAGGUUAAGAACUUUGCUUCAGGAUGAGAAUAGAAAUCGUGCUCCGGCGGCGCGGCAGCAGCAGGAGGCCCCAUUUGCUAAAGUGGUGCUUCAGGUUAACAACAGUUUCAGGUUAAGUACAGACCUCCGGAACGAAUUAAGUACUUAACCCGAGGUACCACUGUAUGUGCCAUGUGAAGAAAAAUUUAGUUUUGCCUGCCUUUCCUCCUCCCUCCGUACCCCACCUUUCAAGAGCUAAGGAGCAACUUUUGAGUUUAGUCCUCAGGGCAAGGUCUUCUAAAUCCAAAAUCCCACUGGGAAUGCAGAAGCUCUUAGGGCUAGCUCUGGCAUAGCUCAGUUGGUUAGAGCGUGGUACUCAUAAUGCCAAGGCUGCAGGUUCGAUCCCUGUGUGGGACAGCUGCUUAAUCCUGCAUUCAAGAGUUUGGACUAGAAGAUCCUCAGUUUCCCUUCUGUAAUGGCUGGUGGCUCUUUCUGUCCCUUCUGUAAUCUCUCAUAUGUAGUAAGAUAUAAUAAUAAUAAUAAUAAUAAUAAUUAAUAAUUAUAAUUUAUUUAUACCCUGCCCAUCUGGCUGGGUUUCCCCAGCCACUCUGGGUGACUCUCAACCGAAUGUUAAAGACACAAUACAACACUAAACAUUCCCUAAACUUCCCUAAACGGGGCUGCCUUCAGAUGUCUUUUAAAAGUAAGAUACAGUGGUACCUCGGGUUACAUACGCUUCAGGUUACAGACUCCGCUAACCCAGAAAUAGUUCCUCAGGUUAAGAACUUUGCUUCAGGAUGAGAACAGAAAUCAUGUUCCGGCGGCGUGGCAGCAGCAGGAGGCCCCAUUAGCUAAAGUGGUGCUUCAGGUUAAGAACAGUUUCAGGUUAAGAACGGACCUCCAGAACGAAUUGAAGUACUUAACCUGAGGUACCAUGGUAGUUGCUUAUUUCCUUGACAUCUGAUGGGAGGACGUUCCACAGGGCAGGUGCCACUACUGAGAAGGCCCUCAUUGAGGAUUGUGUUUCACGAGAAAGAGGGAGACCAGGAUUCCAAAAUUCCUCCGUGACUCAGAAUUAAUCAGGAGCUCUAUAUAUUGUGGCUGAAAACCAGCUUUUGCUCUCCUCCUCCUCCUACCCUCCACCCCAUUUUUCUAGUCCGGGGUGUGGCUUCAAAUAUUUAGGGAGUUGUUGAGCCAGAUGGUAUUUGACUUGGCCCAAAGUAAACUGCGUUCUCCCCCCCCCCCCCACGCACUCUAUUAUUUUAAACUCAAGUUGUCAUUUCAAGGCAAUAGUACAUUAAUCUAGUGAAGGGCUGUUAAAAUAUUUGACCGUGUUAUUUAUGGAGCCAUUUUUCAGCCGUGAUGGAAGAUCACUGCAUGGUUAUGACUCUUCCUAACUGCAUGCUCUCGACCAUGAGGUAAGGUGAGGCAGACCCCCAAGGUGGUGGAUUUGGGGCACCAUUAAAGAGUUGGGAACAGAUGGAUUUGACCUGUAGAGGAGGCAUCAGUCCUGCAGGUAGAGACCUGACUUCAAGACCUUUCUGCAGCCCCCCUCCCCACAAUAGUUUGGGAUGAGGAGGGAUGCAUAUGGUGUGUGGUUUACGGAUGAGUAAAUCUACACAAAUUUGCUUUCACUUUCUUAUUUUUUCAAUCUCGAGCUCAGUUCUACACAUUCCUGCAUCAGUUUGUUCUGCAUCGGCAUUUUAAUGCAAAUCUAUCCAUUAUACACAUUUUUGUAUGUAGUUUUGCCUAAUGUACAUAUUUUCCCACCACAUAUAACUUUUGUAUGCUGUUUUCAUUAGUACAGUGGUACCUCGGGUUACAUACGCUUCAGGUUACAUAUGCUUCAGGUUACAGACUCCGCUAACCCAGAAGUAGUGCCUCGGGUUAAGUAUUUUGCUUCAGGAUAAGAACAGAAAUCGUGCUCCGGCGGCGCGGCAGCAGCAGGAGGCCCCAUUAGCUAAAGUGGUGCUUCAGGUUAAGAACAGUUUGAAGUUAAGAACGGACCUCCAGAACGAAUUAAGUACUUAACCCGAGGUACCACUGUAUAUGCAUUAAUAUGCAGGCUUUACUCUAGCCAAGGCUUUUUAAAUACACAUUACUUACUUGGCAGGAGAACUGAAUUGCAAAAUUUGGAGAAGUGCCAGUUUUGAAGGAUGGCGGUGUUUUCGUUUGCUACUUAUUUUGGAAAAAUGUGUGUUUGCUAAGUUUGCCUUUAAAUGUGAACUGAAUUGAAUUUCUCCCCCCAUCCCUACUUGUGACGGGGCCUUAUAUGUUGUAGCACCCUGACUUGGGAAUGCUUUUCCCAGGGAAGAUUGCCUGGUGCCAACUCAGAUGCCAUUUCCACUCAAAGGCACAGGCCUUUUGAUUUGCUCAAGCCAAUCUCCUUUAACUGAGGCCCUCCAGAUGCUUUGGACUACAACUCCCAUCAGCCUCAGGCAACAUGGCCAGGAUGGUAGGGGGCUGAUGGGAGUUGUAGUCCAAAACUACUGGACAAUCUUGGGUCGGGAAGGCCAGCUUAGGCUAUUGUGCUGAUUCUGUUCCUUGCAUUUUAAUAUUGUUUUCCUCUGACUUUCAUUCUUGUUUCUGCUGGCGGUGCCUUUAAGAAAGAUGUAUAAAUAAUCAAAAUCGGAUGCUUUCUUGCAUUACCCUGCUGGAACUGACUCUAAGUGAGUCUACUUUAUCUGUCUUUAGAAAGAAAGAUAGUACUUGAAUAUGCUGUGCUUGUGUUGUGUGCAUGCGCGUGGCAAGGGUGUGUUUUAAGUGAAUGUGUGUAAAUUUAUUACUCCCCUGUAAAAAUGCUUUGUAGACUUGGCUAAUCCCUGCAAAACAGCAUCUCACUUUUCCUUAGGACGUCCCUAUUCUGAUUGGAUACACACUUACGAAACUGCAGGUUAUUACAAUAAUCCUGCUAAUGUUUUUAUCUGUCUGCAAUUUAUCUGUAAAUAUUUGCUUUGUAAAUAUUCAACAAACCAUUUCCAUUCUUUUAUUUAAAAAAAGGUUUGUUAUCUUAAUUUCUUAUUCUUCUGGUAAGUUUCGCCUUUCCUGCAUAUUCCAUAGGUUUUGGACCCAUUCUUACAUUGCUGACUGCCCUCCUUAUCCAGUGAUCAAGCAAGCAGAGGUGUGCAGACGAAGUCCACAGAGUUAAGAGAGGGCAACAGUUACAUAGCGUUGCCACACAUCCUAAGUAAUACAGAACCGUCCAGUAUUUCAGUGUAAAAUCCUACGUCCUGUAUUGAUUCAAUACAGGGUGCAGUUUGUUCUGUAUUUCCACCCAUGGGGCCUCUGUCCGCAUCUAGCUGGAGGGCGAUGCUGCUGAGAUUUUAAAUAUAUGUCCGUUGUUUAGGGAUAUGUGUACCCCUGCGUACCCCCAGAAAAAACACUGCCCUUAAGAGACUAGUUCUCAGGAUUCUUCUUGACCUCUCUCUGAGCACAAGUGUUAUAUGGUGACAAGACCUCAUUCCUGUCAGCAAUCAUGCCGCAGCAUUCUUUGUUAAAUAGAAGUUUCUGGGGUGCCUCAGACACUUCAAAAUGACCUUGACAGAUUAGAGAACUGGGCCAAAACAAACAAGAUGAAUUUUAACAGGGAGAAAUGUAAAGUAUUGCACUUGGGCAAAAAAAAUGAGAGGCACAAAUACAAGAUGGGUGACACCUGGCUUGAGAGCAGUACAUGUGAAAAGGAUCUAGGAGUCUUGGUUGACCACAAACUUGACAUGAGCCAACAGUGUGACGCGGCAGCUAAAAAAGCCAAUGCAAUUCUGGGCUGCAUCAAUAGGAGUAUAGCAUCUAGAUCAAGGGAAGUAAUAGUGCCACUGUAUUCUGCUCUGGUCAGACCUCACCUGGAGUACUGUGUCCAGUUCUGGGCACCACAGUUCAAGAAGGACACUGACAAACUGGAACGUGUCCAGAGGAGGGCAACCAAAAUGGUCAAAGGCCUGGAAACGAUGCCUUAUGAGGAACGGCUAAGGGAGCUGGGCAUGUUUAGCCUGGAGAAGAGGAGGUUAAGGGGUGAUAUGAUAGCCAUGUUCAAAUAUAUAAAAGGAUGUCACAUAGAGGAGGGAGAAAGGUUGUUUUCUGCUGCUCCAGAGAAGCGGACACGGAGCAAUGGAUCCAAACUACAAGAAAGAAGAUUCCACCUAAACAUUAGGAAGAACUUCCUGACAGUAAGAGCUGUUUGACAGUGGAAUUUGCUGCCAAGGAGUGUGGUGGAGUCUCCUUCUUUGGAGGUCUUUAAGCAGAGGCUUGACAACCAUAUGUCAGGAGUGCUCUGAUGGUGUUUCCUGCUUGGCAGGGGGUUGGACUCGAUGGCCCUUGUGGUCUCUUCCAACUCUAUGAUUCUAUGAUUCUAGGAGGAGAGGGUUUAAAAACAGCAGCAGCAGCCUUCUCUGUCUUUCACAGAUGUCCCAAUUCUGAUUGGAUGCUAAUAGCAAAACAGCAAUGUUACCUGUAGUUUAGCCUUUGGAAGCCAGAGAACAAGGCUCCAGUGUUGUGAAUCUUAACGGGAGAAGAAACUUUUUUUUUAAUAGUUUCUUCUCUAGCAUGGUGAAUUGUCAGUUCUGUUGCCACCCCAAUGGCGGCCUCAUUUCCUGUCACGGUGUUUCCUGAGUCUUGGACAGAAGUGAGCGUUUAAUGUGUGAAGUAGGAGUUGGAAUUUAGCACGGUGAUUGGUCAGUUUCGUUGUUACCACCUCCGAUCGUGGCUUCCUUUCCUUUCCCCGUGUAAUGCAUGUUCUUUGUACUUUUGUCCAUUUACUGUAUUUAUUUUCCCUGAUUUGAACUAUAAAAUGGUGAUUUUCUUGAGUAAAAAAAAUUAAAAAAUUAUCUAUCUAUCGAUCUAUAUCUAUCUAUCUAUCUAUCUAUCUAUCUAUCUAUCUCUAUCUAUCUAUCUAUCUAUCUAUCUCCCCAUUGGAGAUAGCUCAGAAGGACGCUGGCAGCCUGCAGAUUGUGACGGGCAACUGAAUGGCCCUGAAGACAUCUGGGGAGGUGGAAGACAAGUCUUAUCUCCCUCGCUCUAGACUUGAGGACUGGGAGAUGUCAGGCCAUAAUGAUUAAUGGCCUUCAGUAGGUUGGUUCUCUCUGGAGAGGGGAACUGAUCCCAGCUGGAAGGAGCAGGAGAGUUUAAUCCUCCCAGACCUUCCUCUUCCCUUUCCCCUACAAACCCAUUCCAGAAUUCCUCAGCUUGGGUUGGUUUGCUCAGCAUUCCUGCCUCACAUCUUUGGCACCCCACCAGUGUGUGAUUAAUACUCUGGAAGGUGCAGCAAUUUCCUGAAUAUCCAGUGAAGGGCUGAAAAUAAUCUCUUUUAAAAAAUGUGUUCUUUCUUCUUCUUCUUUUUUAAAAAAUCUAGAUAAAAGCGCCAAUGACUUGUGUUUUCGUCUUCUUUCUUGCAGCUCAGUGAUUCAUCUCUUUGGAAUAAAUACCCUGAACAUCGCCAGCUUAUGUUAGAAUCUGAGCAGGAUUCUGACCACUUGCCAGAGCAACCAGUUGCCAGUGGCUCCUUUUGCUGUGAUCAGUGCUUAAAUCAACCAUGUGCUGUAUCUGCUGGUUGCUACAAAAGACUGGCCAGGCUCCCCAGGGUAUCCAAUCAAGUGAGCAUUAACAGGUAACCUGUCAGAGGAGAUAAACAACACACUCAGAUUUCUGCUGUAGACCGCCUUUUCUGUGAUGUAUGUAUGAUGUAUGGAGGGGUGGUCUUCAGCUCCAGGACAGGGAAUUUAAAAUUUCUAUAUAAGGGCUUGCACACCAUUGUUCUGGGUUCCUCCCCCCCUCCUGCGUGUGGUGAGUGAGGAUCCUGUUGCAACAGAUCAAUAAAGAUCAGGCUUACUAGCUGCUUUGCUUCUCAAUAUUCUCUGGUUGGCCUGUUAUUUUCUCCUACCAAUAGGGAACCUAUGUAAGGACUCUAUAUGGGCUCUUGGAUACCCCAUAAGUGGAAAAGGGCAGAUUUUUGUUUACAUCACUUCACAAAAGUGGCAGCCGCAUGCACUGUUUCCCGCAGCGGCGUGUGUUGUGACCCAGCCGUGAAGGAAACUGAGCAUAGUCUGAAAUGCCAAAUGCUCGGGGAAGGUCCUGUGGAAUGCAGGCAUUGUCUAAAUGCCUGGCGCAUUCAUCUUUGCGGCUGUUUGGCGCAUUCAGGAACGCCCUGCCCUGGGAGUUUCUGGGUGAUGGCACCCUUGGGGAAAAGCAGGUAAAUGGCUUAGCAAAUGCUCCAAGCGCUCUUGAUCUUUGAAACCCAUUAGGAAGCAAACACAGGGCAACAGCCCAAGCGGUCUGGGAGCCUUGCCAUAGCCGAGAGCUGAGCUGACUGCAGGCCAAAAUACCUGAUGCGUUUUGCUCCGAACCUGACGGCAGGCCUGGACAUACCAGGCUGGGAAUAAACGCCAUCGAACAAGCCGGGACUUUCUUUGUAGUGAGUACCGUAUGAAUGAGUUUAUUAUUUCGGUCCCAGACCAGUUCCAGCUCACAUACAAUAUCAAGGAAGUCAUAAAACACGAUAGGGAUACAUUUGAAUUUGCAAUUAGGUGUAACAGGGACAAAACAGAUAUAGCAACAGUUAAAAAAAAUAUAAAUUAAAACUUAGUCACUACCUAAAAUUAUCAUUUAAGGCCUUAAUCAUUAUGAUAGCGCAGCUUGUUCCCUAAGUUUUAUGGCAAUCGCACAGAAUUUGGCUACCCCUAACGUGAUCCUUGUCCUCUACCAGGGAUUUUAGACAUUGAAGUUUGGAUUCAUUUGGAGAUUUUUGCAUAGCAGGUGUAAUAAAUACUGAGCUUAUAUCCCCGUAGAAAUGGCAGCGUAACAAGGCAUGAGAGACAGUUUCUACCUCCAUCUACCUCCAUUCUUUGUAGUAAGUACCGUAUUGGCCCGAAUAUAAGCCACACCCACAAAUAAGCCGCACCUUUCAAAACUAUUGGGGGGGGGGGGAAGACUACCCAAAAUGUUACAAUUGCUAAAAUUGCAAAUUGCUAUUCAGUUGCUACAAUUCCGCAGGCACUCACACCUUUAAAUGGCAAAUGUAUAAGAAAAUCCUACAGGUACCAGAGAGGACCCGCAAGUGGAUUAAACAGUCUCAAGCUUGCAAAUCGGCAAUAAAACAUUUUUUGUUCCAUUUUACCAUAUGUCUGUUUCAGUAGCGAUAUCGUAAAAGCCAGUUUUUUUAAGGUCGCGAAUUUAAGCCAUACUUUAACUUUUCACGGUCAGAAUUUGGGAAAAUAUUGCAGCUUAUAUUCAGGCCAAUACGGUAAUAUGUACAGCAGGGCUAAGGAAGCUUUCCCAGCCUGAAGGCUGCAUUGCCUAGUGGGCAGUCUACUGGGGGCAUAAUGGCCCUGGUUUGCAGAGCUAGAAGUUAAAGUGGCAGAGCGAUGGCUUUGACCCUGACCCAGGGCUGGAUUUAGGUCUGAUGAGGCCCUAAGCUACUGAAAGUAAUGGGGCCCUUUAUAUGUCCAGCUGUCCUUUGUCAACAACAAAUGUUUUUUGUGUUGAAUAUAUGCUAUAUGGUAAUUUAUGGACCUAAUAGGUAUCUAAGGCCAUUUGCAUGGUUUGUCAUACAACCAGUCCGUGCAGAAUGUAGGCACCCUAUAUAUAGAAAAGAGCAAACCAGUGAUAUUUUAGGGAGCAGGCUAGCUGGCAGGGCCCAUGACUUGCAUCAUAGGAGCCUACACAACACAAAACACUGUUACUGUAUGUAGGUUUUAUUUUAUUUCCUUUUUAUCUUCUAUUUUGGGAAUGUACAUCCAGUUUUUCCCCCUUUAAAUUUUUUGGGGGCCUCCAAGGGAGAGGGGGGGGACGCGGGUGGCGCUGUGCGUAAAACCUCAGUGCCUAGGACUUGCUGAUGGUAAGGUUGGCGGUUCAAAUCCCUGCGGCGGGGUGAGCUCCCGUCGUUCGGUCCCAGCUCCUGCCCACCUAGCAGUUCGAAAGCACCCCUAAGUGCAAGUAGAUAAAUAGGGACCGCUUUAUAGCGGGAAGGUAAACGGCGUUUCCGUGUGCUGCGCUGGUGCUGGCUCGCCAGCUGCAGCUUCGUCACGCUGGCCACGUGACCCGGAAGUGUCUGCGGACAGCGCUGGCUCCCGGCCUCUUGAGCGAGAUGAGCGCGCAACCCUAGAGUCGGUCACGACUGGCCCGUACGGGCAGGGGUACCUUUACCUUUUUAAGGGAGAGGGGCCCUAAGCUAUAGCUUGUUUAGCUUAUACGUAAAUCUGGCACUGCCUUUACCUUGGCACGGGAAUCUGCACUGAAGCCAUGCAAAGCUUUGAAAGGAUGGUGGGGCAAGGAAUUCAAUUCUGUUCUGAUUUAAAGGCGAGCCAUCCUUUGAAAGUCACACAAGUUCUGCAGUGCACCUCUACAGCCAGUGAAUGUUUACGAGGAUGCAAAUAUUUUGGGGAAAGUGUAAAUAGACAUGCAUGCGUCAGUGAAAAUAGCAUUUGCAUUAGGAGAAACUGCUUGUGUCUUUUUUUGUUGUGCUGUAGUGCAAAGCUGCCCCCGACAGCAGAAGAACAGAAAUGUUGGGGGGAACAUUGAAGAAGAAGCAAUAAUGCCUAGAAGAUGCAUGGACAGCCCAGAAUAAAUUUACCAUUAAAGGUAAAGGGACCCCUGACCAUUAGGUCCAGUCGUGGCCAACUCUGGGGUUGCGGCGCUCAUCUCGCUUUAUUGGCCAAGGGAGCCGGCAUACAGCUUCCGGGUCAUGUGGCCAGCAGGACUAAGCCGCUUCGGCCAACCAGAGCAGCGCACGGAAACGCCGUUUACCUUCCCGCCGGAGCGGUACCUAUUUAUCUACUUGCACUUUGACAAGCUUUCAAACUGCUAGGUUGGCAGGAGCAGGGACCGAGCAACGGGAGCUCACCCUGUCGCGGGGAUUCGAACCGCCAAUCUUCUGAUCAGCAAGUCCUAGGCUCAGUGGUUUAACCCACAGCACCACCCGUGUCCCAAAAAUUACCAUUAAUACACUAUUAUUGCAUCUUUGACAUGUUGCAGGACACAUGCACACACCAGUCUGGAGUAGAUAGGGCUGGGUGAGAACUGGUUUUCAAUAUUGUGAUAUAUCACCAGCUAAACAUCCUUAUAUACCGAUAUAUCAUGAUGUCGAAAUAAGGAUGGAGCUAUGUAGAGACAGUAGUUGGCUUAACGGUUUCCCCCCCAUUCUGGUUUUUGCAUAGCACACACAUGGAAACAUAUCAUGAGUUAGGAUAUAUCGCCAAGUCAAAAAUUUUGAAACCAAUAUCAUGCUGUGGACUUCAAACUGGUUUGGGACGAUUUAACAUUAUAUCGCCCUGCCCUAGUCUGGAGGGACCUUCAGACUUGUAGAUCAGCCUUGCCCACCAUCUAGGGCAGGCAUAGGCAAACUCGGCCCUCCAGAUGUUUUGGGAGUACAAUUCCCAUCAUCCCUGACCACUAGUCCUGUUAGCUUGGGAUCAUGGGAGUUGUAGUCCGAAAACAUCUGGAUAGGCCGAGUUUGCCUAUGCCUGAUCUAGGGAGUCCAGGGUCGUGUUCUUCAACCGUGUGCAUCCACAUCUUGGUGAACCCCAGCUCCCAUCCAUCCCAGCCCAGCAUGGCCAACAGAGAGUGCUGAUGGGAGUUGGAGUCCAGUGACUUCUGGAGGUUGCCUUGCUCCCAUUUUAGCAGCUGCAUUUUAUAGUGGCUACAUAGCACAAAUAACAAGGCAGACUUCAGACUUUGCUUUGGCUGGCUUUCCCGAGCCUCCCUCUCUCCCCCACUCCCAUUUCAUUCACCGCUAAUGGCAUUGUUGAAAAGGGAAAUAUUUUCACCCUAAUCAGCAGUAAACAAGAGUGAUAAGAAACUGGUGCACACUGAGGAUUUGGGCACAGUUUGGAAGGGCCCAGCGGCCUUGCUUGUUUGCUUCUAAACUUUGCACCGCACCGCUUCAGUUCCACAUUCGCAUCCCUGGCGCAGCUUAGAAGCAUAGGAUACUAUUCUAUUAAAUGAUAAUACUAAAAUAAAAUGAUAACAGUAACAAUAUUAAUUACAUUCAUAUCCCAGCCGCCUUCCCAACGGAGCCCAGAGUAGUAAACACACGUGAUAAGACAGGCCAUCUUUCUGGAUAGCUCAGUCGAUGCCUGUUCUGAAUCCACUUGGAGGACUCAGGCCCUGCUUGUGGGCUUCCCUAGGGGGCAAUCUUGUUGGCCACUGUUAAGAACAGGAUGAGGCCCCCCUGUUUGGCCUGAUCCAGCAGGCUCUUCUCACGUUCUUCCAAAAAUAAAAUAAAAUAAAUGCCAUCUACUUCAGCUUGUUCUGCCUCUUGCCUGGUUUCAGCAUCGCCCGGUCAUCUUCUAAUUAACUGUCCUGUUUUGUUCAGCACUCGUAAUUACUAACGUAAAUUAGCUCCUCCGCUGUGCGGAAUGCGGGCGGCGGCGGAUAAACGCUUCCAAUUCGGGCCGCUGCUUAAUAAACCAUUCUUGCCGCAUGCCAAAUGGUUGCCUUAAGCAUGGGCUAGAUCUGUGCACAUGCAAUACCUAAAAGAUAAGUAUUGGCAGCAGUUUGACUUGGUCGAGAGAUGGAUGCCAGCGGUGUUCUCAGGCUCCGCCCCCGGCCUUGACUGUCUUUGCUCCGCCUUCUUUACCUCUUCUGGUUCUGGAAGACUGGCAGGGAGGGAAACUGGUUGCCGCAGAAGGGGGAGACCCAUUGACUUCUUUAGCAGCCUGCCUAAUCUCUGCCUCUUGGCCCUGCUCCUCUCCAGCCUCCGCUUCUGCCUCGGAUUCUGGACUGCUCUCUGCCACAGGCUCUCCCCGCUCACUGAGCCCCAUUCCCCCUUCAGCUUCUGACACCUCGCUCUUCCCUGGGUUCUCUCUCUUUUCUCCCUCUGACCACUCAUUGUCAUCCCACUUCCAAUCCCUGGGCUCUGAGCCUUCUUAGGGCAGUGGUUCUCAACCUGUGGGUCCCCAGAUGUUGUUGGACUACAACUCCCAUCAUCCCUGAGCUCUGGCCUUGCUAGCUAGGGGUGAUGGGAGUUGUAGUUCAACAACAUCUGGGGACCCACAGGUUGAGAAUCGCUGCCUUAGGGGUUCCUCAGCUGGUUCCUCCCACUAUUCCUCUGUACCCAAUCAGUCUAUGCCAGCCCCUGGCCUGGAAAAAGAUUCUCAACAUUGCCAUGAUGUACUUGAUGUCUAGGGACGCGGGUGGCGCUGUGGGUUAAACUACAGAGCCUAGGACUUGCCGAUCAGAAGGUGGUUGUCCGAAUCCCCACAACGGGGUGAGCUCCCGUUGCUCGGUCCCUGCUCCUGCCAACCUAGCAGUUCAAAAGCACGUCAAAGUGCAAGUAGAUAAAUAGGUACCGCUCUGGCGGGAAGGUAAACGGCGUUUCUGUGCGCUGCUCUGGUUCGCCAGAAGUGGCUUAGUCAUGCUGGCCACAUGACUCGGAAGCUGUACGCCGGCUCCCUUGGCCAAUAAAGCGAGAUGAGCUGCAACCCCAGAGUCGGCCACGACUGGACCUAAUGGUCAGGGGUCCCUUUACCUUUUUUUAACUUGAUGUCUGGCUGUUCUGGCGGGCUCCAAAAGCCCCCUAACGUCUUGCAGUACUUUUGGGCUGUGCGGCCAGACUCGCUACUUUUUUUAGGGUAUGGAAAACUGUGUCCCGGAUGCCCAAGUGCCUGGGCCAGUGCUGCAGCUGGAGAGCAAUGCUUCUGUUUUGGGGUGUGUGUGCGGGGAACGGAACAUCACUUUGGUUAUAGCCUGGAGCCAGAGCUGUCGGCCUACACAAGGACACUUCUGUCUUCGCUUAAACAAAACCGCCUUUGCAGCAAGGAGCCGCGCAGUUUGUGGUGGGAUCCUCUACAGCCAAAACAUCUGCUCAUCUGGCAGACGUCGAGAGCCAGCCGAGGCCAGAAGCUUUGUAGAACAAAUAUGCAAGCAAAUUCCAUAUUUAUUCUCUCGCUGCCCAGGGGCGGGGAGAGCAGGGGAGCCGAGCAAUUUGCCUUUGUUACGGCUCACGAAGAGAGCGCAGCGUUCGGCGGCGGUAAGCAAGGAUUUCCUGAAAACCACGACAAAGGCCACAAGCAAUGACCCACUGUUUGACUUAUUAUUGCGGUGUUGUGUCUCUUAGUCCUUCCAGUUGUGUCUGCAUUGAGGAAAGAGAUUCCACCGAAAUAUUAGGAAGACCUUCAACAGAUUACGAUACCGUCAACAGGUAAAUGGAAUGGAUUCAAGUUCAAGCUGUAAGCUACCAUUGGUAACAUAUGAAGCUACUUCAAUGGUAUUUGGAAUGGGUCUCCACAGACUAUAUUAGCUUAUUGACAAUUGUGUAUUAGGACAAGAAUAUACACAUCUGUAUAAAUGUAGGGCAAUAGAACAGUAUUAUUACAGAGGUGCCCCGCAAGACGAAUGCCUCGCAAGAUGGAAAACUCGCUAGACGAAAGGGUUUUGCGAUUUUUGAGCUGCUUCGCAAGACGAAUUUCCCUAUGGGCUUGCUUCGCAAGACGAAAAUGUCUUGCGUUUUUUGCAAGUUUGUUUCCUUUUCUUAACACCGUUAAUACAGUUGCGACUUGACUUCGAGGAGCAACUCAUAGAACGCGGUGUGGUAGCCUUUUUUGAGGUUUUUGGUGAUUUUUGAAGCUUUUCCAAAACUUUUCCGACACCGUGCUUCGCAAGACGAAAAAUUCGCUAGACGAAAAAACUCGCGGAACGAAUUAAUUUUGUCUUGCGAGGCACCACUGUAUUUUUGUUCAUUCUCACUCACUUCCCCCCUUUGCUCUUAUCUUUUUAUAAAUGCAAUCCUCAUAAUAUUAUUAAUAAACAGAUGAUCCUGGGGACCCCCCCCCUUCCAACUCUACAAUUCUAUGACAAGUAGCAGCUGUCCAGGGGUUCAGGAAGGAGCUUCUCAAUCCUACCUGGCGACAGAUUGAACCUGAAACCUCUGCUGCUGAACUUCGCUCCUUUCCCAGCUUGCUGGGUAUAAAAGGUUUGCAAGAUGGAUCUGGUCAUUAUAUGGCAACAAAAGAAAAAAAGAAAAAAGGUAAAGGAUCCCUGGACGGUUAAGUCCAGUUAAAGGUGACUAUGGGCUUGCUAUUGAGAGACCUAGGCCCCGUCUGCGCAACACCUUUAAAGCAGUGUCACACGGCUUUGAACAGUCCUCCCCAAAUGAUCCUGGGAGCUGUAGUCUGUUAAGGGUGUUGAGAGUUCUUAGGAGAGCCGCCUUCAUCUCCCAGAGUUACGUUUUCCAUGGUGGUUUUAACAAAUCAGCCCUUCUUCCCAGGGAACUCUGGGAACCGUAGCACUCCUAACAACUCUUAGCACCUUAAAACUACAGUGCCCAGGAUUCUCUGGUGGGAAAUCAUGGUGGUUUGAAGUGGUAUGACGCUGCUGUAAGCAUGUAAAGGAAAAGGUAAAGGACCCCUGGAUGGUCAAGUCCAGUCAAAGGUGGCUAUGGGGUGCGGCACUCAACUCGCUUUCAGGCCGAGGGAGCCGGCGCUUGUCUGCAGACAGCUUUCCAGGUCAUUUGGCCAGCAGGACUAAACCGCUUCUGGCGCAACGGGACACUGCGACGGAAACCAGAGCGCACGGAAACGCUGUUUAGCUUCCCGCCGCAGCGCUACCGAUUUAUCUACUUGCACUUGCGUGCUUUAGAACUGCUAGGUUGGCAGGAGCUGGGACAGAACAAUGGGAGCUCACCCCGUCAUGGGGAUUCGAACUGCCAACCUUCUGAUCGGCAAGCACAAGAAGCUCGAUGGCAGCACGUUUUGGAAGAGUGGGGGGAUCCCACCUAAUGCCUCUCUGGAUGCUGCCAGAUUCCAGCUCCCAGCAGCCCAGCCCAUCACCAUGGAGUCCAGUAACAGUUGGUGGGCUCCAUGUUGCAGAGACUGUGGAGAGGCAUAAGUGUAGGGCUGGGGAUGUUUGGCCCUUCAUUGGCUACGAUUUCCCAUCAUACCAUAGGCCAUGUUGGUUGGGGCUGAUGGGAGUCCAACAACCUCUGGAAGCUCAGGGUUCCCCAGCCUUCUGCUGUCACUCCAGGCAGCUCAGUCCCCUUCCAAGUGGCCAUGAAUAGUGUGAGCCUAUGUCGCAGGGCUCUUUCUCAAACCCAUGAUUUGAACAAGGCAAAUGGAUGAUAGAAAAGAUUCAGCACAGUCUUCAUCUGAGGUUGCUCUCAUUGAUCAACAAGCAACUGGAACUUUUUUAAAAAAAUCUGGCUGGGAAAACCUGUUCCCUCCUCUACAGCUUGUGCUACAAUCCUUAUUAACUCUAAAAUGGUUUGGUUUUUUUUGUGCAAGGUGGGGGGGAACAAGAACAUUGUUUUUUGUAAACCUGCAGAAUGUAUUUUGUAUAGUUAGGUUUGUACUUCUAUCUCCCUUAGGAACGGCUAAGGGAGCUGGGCAUGUUUAGCCUGGAGAAGAGGAGGUUAAGGGGUGAUAUGAUAGCCAUGUUCAAAUAUAUAAAAGGAUGUCACAUAGAGGAGGGAGAAAGGUUGUUUUCUGCUGCUCCAGAGAAGCGGACACGGAGCAAUGGAU